CUAUUUUGUUCCUAACCUGUAAAAUAUUUAGACAGUAGUCCAAAUGCACUAAACGUGAGAAACCUGAAAUAUGAAUGUUUUAGAAUUGUUUAGCGGUAUAGGAGGAAUGCACAUGGCGUUAGAAGCCAGCUGUGUGGAAGGAAAUGUUGUGGCAUCAAUAGACAUAAAUCAGUGGGCUAACAAAGUAUACGAACACAAUUUUCCCGACACGAAACUGUUGAAUCGUAAUAUAGAAGGAUUGUCUGUGGAUUUUGUUAAUUCUCUUGAUGUUAACGUGAUAUUAAUGUCGCCACCCUGCCAACCAUUUACAAGAAAUGGCCUGCAAAAUGAUAUUAAUGAUCCUAGAACAAAUCCCUUCUUACAAAUCUUGGAUAUUCUUCCAAAAUUAACAAAAGUUGAUAGAAUAUUGGUAGAAAAUGUUAAGGGGUUUGAAAAGUCACAAAUGAGAGAUAUACUUGUGAAUAAGUUAAAAGAGAACAAUUUUAUAUACCAGGAAUUUAUUUUAUCACCUACACAAGUUGGUGUACCAAAUACAAGACACAGAUAUUAUUGUUUGGCAAGGAAAAAUCCACAAAAGUUUAGUUUUCCCUCAGGUGAUUUGAUGGAAACAUUGCCAAAUUGUGAUCCAGAAGAUUUGUUUCCAAUUUCAAAUAUUCUGGAAGAAAAUUUAGAUUUAAGUAGUUUUAACAUUCCCAUUAAGCAAUUAUUGAAAAGGUGGAGAAUACUGGACAUUUCUUACAUAGAUUCUAAUAGGUCUUGUUGUUUUACAAAGGCCUAUGGACGAUAUUUGGAAGGAACAGGUAGCAUUUUUGCACCAAAAACAAAACAAGAAUGUUCUUGUAUUUUUGAACAAAUUGAGCAAACUCAAAAUGAAGAGACUAAAUUGAAGUUGUUAAAAUCUAUAGGUUUGAGAUUUUUCACACCAAAAGAAAUAUCCAGACUGAUGUCUUUUCCUGAGAAGUUCAGCUUUCCAAAUGAAAUAACAAACAAACAAAGAUACAUGUUAUUAGGUAACAGUAUUAAUGUAAAAGUUGUAGGAGAAUUAAUAAAAUUAUUAAAAUGAAA